UAUAAAUCCCUACGCGGGGGUCGGCCGCCAUUGUGCUGCGGGACAGGCCGCAGCCGCGAGUCUUUGGGGUGCUGGUUCAGGUUUUUGUCCCAUCUUCCGUCUUCCUUUCCCUUCCCCCCCUCUCUCCUUUUUUAGGUACGCCGAGAUGCCGCGCGUCUACAUCGGCCGCUUAAGCUACCAUGUUCGGGAAAAGGACAUCCAGCGCUUCUUUAGCGGCUAUGGCCGCUUGCUCGAGGUCGAUUUAAAAAACGGCUAUGGCUUUGUGGAGUUCGAGGAUUCCCGGGAUGCGGAGGACGCCGUUUACGAGCUGAACGGCAAAGACUUGUGCGGGGAGCGGGUGAUUGUAGAGCACGCCCGCGGCCCCCGCCGAGACAGGGACGGCUACAGCUACGGCAGCCGCAGUGGAGGAUAUAGCAGUCGGCGGACAUCAGGAAGAGAUAAAUAUGGACCACCAGUUCGUACAGAAUUCAGAUUAAUUGUUGAAAACCUCUCUAGUCGCUGUAGUUGGCAGGACUUGAAAGAUUUCAUGAGACAAGCUGGUGAGGUGACCUAUGCGGAUGCUCACAAAGAACGCACAAAUGAAGGAGUAAUUGAGUUUCGUUCUUACUCUGACAUGAAGCGUGCUAUGGACAAAUUGGAUGGUACAGAAAUAAAUGGAAGAAAGAUAAGGCUGGUUGAAGAUAAGCCACGAUCUAGCCAUAGACGAUCUUAUUCUGGCAGUAGAUCAAGGUCACGUUCAAGAAGGAGAUCACGCAGUAGAAGUCGUAGGAGCAGCCGCAGUAGAUCCCGUAGUGUUUCAAAAAGCAGGUCACGCUCUAAAUCUAGGUCUCGCAGCAAAGAUCGUUCACGUUCCAGAUCUAAAAGUCGGAAGUCAAGAUCAAAGAGCAAGUCUAAGCUGAAAUCUGACCGAGAGUCACGGUCCCGCAGCAGAUCCAAAGAGAAGUCUGAAAAGUCUCGCAGCAGAUCUCGGUCUGCAUCUCAGUCUCCCAAAGAAAAUGGUAAAGGAGAAGCAAAGUCUAAAUCCAGAUCGAGGAGUAGAUCUCAUUCCAAUUCACCAUCACAGCACCAACCUGCCAAGGCUCAAUCAGAGUCCCCACCACAGAGGGCUGCGUCACGGUCACGAUCGCAUUCAAAGUCACGUUCACGAUCUAGUUCACGAGAUUAAGACUAGAACUCUCUUUCUUUGCACACAAUUAUGGAACGCUCGUAUGCCAGGCCAUGAGUCUUUUUUAUGUUAGUAUUGCAAAAAUUGGUCUGUUUGCUUGUGGGAGGGGGAAUGGCCUAAAAACCAAGUAAUAAGGCAAAGAUUUGAAUGGUCUAAAACUUUUCUGGAAAAUGUGGUUGUACAGAGAGGGGCAGAAAUUUCUUUUGUAGGAAUUAGGGUAAUUUUUUUAAAACAAUGUCUCAGCAGAAGUGAUCUGUUGCAGAGUAGGAAAUGAGUUUUAUAUAAAAACUGAAUACAGAAGGUUUCUGGGGGGAAAUUCUUCCUUAAUAUUCAAUCCACAAAUUACGAAUUUAGUGUAAUGGUCUUUGGCUUCAAAAUGUGCAGAAAACAAGUCAGAGAUACUUGUAAAACUGAUUAAAAUUUGAGAAUUAGAGUUGGAACACUUUUCGUGUGUUGUACCUUAACUUGCCAAACUUAACAUCUUUGCUCCUUUCUUACCUUGUGAUGAUCGACAAGCUAAUAAAAUUGUCGUCUCUGUCCUUGCA